AUGUUGGGGCGCAACCGAGAGGAAAUGCCAAUCACCCCGCAAUACUCCCGUCCAAGUGUGGGCAACUUCAUCGAUCAUCUGAACCGUGUGUAUGGUCUGGAGAUCCCCAAUCCCAAACUAUCCUCCCCCUUGGCACUGGCCGCGCAAAACUCGCUCAGAUGGCGGGUCUACAAGGGCACAAAGAGACUAUUCUACCAGAGCCGGGCGGAACUCGAACGUUUAGUCCACGGUUUCGCGGAGUGGCUUGAAGGUCGAGAAAGACCGACGAGGCCCGGGUCUGCGGCGCCGUAUGCUCGGUUUAGACGUCAAUGCAGUGAAGAGUCCCUGCUUUUGGAUGAUGCCGAAAGGGAGAAACGGCUGCAGUAUUUGCUCGAGUUGAUUGAGGAUGAGAUCUGGCUGCUCGAGGGCGGGACUGUAAGAGAGAAACGUGCGUCGGAGAGUUGCACAGAUCGGUCCGAUCAGUCUGUGUCGCCCAAGAAGCGACGCUUGAUACAGACCCUGACAGCGGGCGAUGAUGGAGAUGACGAGUUCCACACGGCGCCGAAUUCGCCCACAAAAGCUACUCCGGGACCUGUGCGAUCGCCUGGUCUGGAUUUGGCGAGAUUAGGACUGACGUUUCGUGAUGACGCGAGUGACGAAGACCUUCCUGAAGGAGAAGACAUCAGGGGAGAAUGGACCGCGAUGAGACCACCUUCUAGCUUUGUGGAGCGAUUGACGGCUGCUCAGUCGGCGCCUCGUGGGGAUCCGAUGAAGAGCGACGAGCAAGUCACCUCUGCCGCCGCACCGGAAGACUUGACAACGAGUUUUAUGACGACGACGACAACCACGGCCUCAUCGGUUUUCACUUCUCGCCUUGACCGGUCUUUCGAUACCACCACGACGGAUGUCACUGAGCUCUACACGACACAAACAACAUACACCGAUUCGGUGGUUGACUGGAUGGAGCGAUCCAUGGGUGUGGAAAUGCCCGACCAACGAAUGACGGAUGGGACCGAAGUAGAUGAAAGAGGCCUCAUUUUCAACAAGCUCGUCGACAGUCUACGGGAAUACGGACCUUUCUCGUACAGACAGACUCUCAGUGAAAAGAUCCCUUUGCGAUUUCGAUACGAGCUGGAGCGCAUUGGACGCGCCUGGGAUGUCCCUCUCUCCAAGAUCUACAUGACCGAUCAGGUCCCAUUUGCGUCUCAGGAUUCAUUCUGGAACUGGAUCCGAACCAGCCAUAGCCAGCGCUGUGGACGUGAUGUACCAGAGCGAUCACCUGCGAAAGCAUGGGACGCGGCUGUGGGCACCUUCAAGACCGAGAAGGCCUCAGAAGUGGUGAUCAUGUCCGGGAAACUGGAAUGGUGCUCCCCGGCCGAGCCCGGCAUUCUGAAAUUGAAUCUGAUGCCUUUGAAGACAGACAAGACCUGCCGUUUCCACAGAAGGUUCGGCUCAGAUCGAUUCAUGACCCUCACGUUACCGGCUCCGGCUCGUCCACCGAAGCAUCUUCGGUUCUUGGAUCACCCAUCCGUCCUUCGGGAGAGUAUCGCUUACUGGCUCACGCGGCAUGACCACCAGUGUCUCGGAAGGACAUGGCGGCCCUUUUUCGUGGAGCAGGGAAAGGGGAAGUCAAAAGAGCGAAAAGACCCUUACUUUCAUAUCGAACUCUUUGCUAUAGACGGCACUGAUUUUCUCCCCAGUCCGCGGUGCAUGCCGCAUGGAGUCGCACCUCCGAAUCAGAUGAGCGAUGCGCAUACUCCGAUGAGUGUGGAAGAUCUACUCGAGUGGCAUAUGCCCACAGCGGAGAACGGAAAUCAGAGUAACUGCAAGCUUUUCCAGCGUCUUUCUCUCGGGUUGUCGAAAACCUAUGCGUCUGUGGCUCUUCGGCCUUCCCAAGUGGUUCGCUUGAGGGACGAUCCUUCUCGAGAACUUCAAAUGAAUGAUGGAUGCGCGCUGAUGUCGAGGGGCUUAGCAAAUGCUAUUUGCGAUAAGCUUGGUAUUACUGGGCCUACGCCGAGCGCUUUCCAGGGUCGUAUUGCCGGCGCCAAGGGCUUGUGGAUGGUGGACCGAUAUCAAUCCUCGAUUCAAAGCUUUUGUCAAGAUGAUACCGGGUGCGCAAACCAUAUUUGGAUUCAAAUAUCAGACACUCAACUAAAGAUCUACCCGCACCCACAAGACUGGGACGAGGAUUUCGAUCCGGAAAAACUCAUAUUCGAAGUUGUCAAGUGGUCAAAACCGCUCAAUCCGGUCAACCUGAACAUCCAGCUCUUGAUCAUUCUAGCCCAUGGGUCCAGUUGUCGCGACUACAUUGCCGAAUUGACUCGGAACAGCAUUCGCGAUCCUUUUGAAAAGCUCGCCGAGGUUCUCGAGCGAAACAGCAACGUCGCUUGUCGUGCGCUCCUGCAGGAGCUUAAACCUUCCGGGGCCAAUCUUGCCAACAGGAGUCGCCAACUGGAUCAAUGGGUGGCCAAUGAUGCUGAAUUCAUUAUGCAUCUUUGCGAGGCGGGAUUUUCCCCGCAGAGUUUCCACCCGCUUCGCAAGAGAAUUCGGUAUUUUCUGAAUGAGCUUCUAAACCACUACAUCGAGGAUCUUCAUAUUCAGGUUCCUCUCUCAACUUAUGCCUUUUGCAUUGCCGAUCCAUAUGGUGUGCUGGAGGAAGACGAGGUUCAUUUCGGCUUCUCCAAAAAUUGGAAAGAUCCCAAUGGCAAUUUCGAGGACAAUCUAUUGGAAGGAAUGGAUGUCCUCGUUGGCCGACUCCCAGCUCACCUUCCGUCUGAUAUUCAGCGUCGCCGUGCAGUGUGGAAGAGUGAAUUACGACACUUCAAAGACGUGAUUGUCUUUCCCACGACAGGCUGCCAGCCCCUCGCGGAUAUGCUCUCGGGAGGCGAUUACGACGGUGAUACACCCUGGAUUUGCUGGGAUCCACGCAUCGUGGAAGAGUUUCGAAACUCUCCCAAGCCGACUGAAUCCUUGCCGGUCGAGCAUUUUGGUCUGACAAGAUAUUCCAAACCCAUGUCCCAAGUUCAUUCCACAGACGACUUUCUACAAGGCGCCUUUGAAUUCAACCUGACAGUGUCGAAUCUCGGACGAUGUACCCUCGAGCACGAACGGAUCGCGUAUCACAAGUCCCUCGACUGUCCCGAGGCCAAGGAACUCGCCUGUCUCUUGGGUCAUCUAGUCGACGGUCGCAAAGGCGGCGUCCAUCUCUCCGAACCUGCCUGGCAAGCCCUUCGGCAAAAGAUCAGUCCCGGCGGCCGCGCACCCCCUGCCUAUCGCAACCAGGACCAAAAGCCCAAAAUGACCAAUAUCAUCGACUAUCUCAAAUUCCACGUCGUGGUGAAAGAGCGCCGCGAUAUACUCACCGAACUAGAGCGCAGGUUUCCCGAGACCGAGUCCCUUCACAAUCCCGACAAGGACCUCACCCGUCCAUGGACGGAAGCGCAAACCGCGGCCAAAAUCGACCAGGAAUCCGGCGGCCACGGCGAACUUGACCACAUCCUCCACCAAGUCUCUCAAUCCAUCGAAACGUUACGCAAGAAAUGGAUCGAGCUCAAGAACAACGAGUCCUACACCACCCGCCUUCGUAAGACCGCCGAUGCUGCGCGAGCUCUCGCUCCCCCCGAGAUCGGAUCUCACCCGCUGGCGCAUACCUGGCGCAACAGUCCUCACGAAUGGCGCAGUCUCCUUGCAUCACGCUGCUAUCACCAAUCUCGCAAUUCGCUCUUCCCGUUCCAUGCUUUUGGCGAUGCCCUCUGUCAGUUGAAGGCCGUUUCCACGGGUUCGUUUCGCACAAUCACCAAUGAGAUGGUUGCUUGUCUGCGGAUUAACCAGAAGAUGGCGACGAGGCUUCUGGCAGGGGAGCUUUUCUCGCAAGGGGUCGAGGAGACGGAGGAUAGUCAGUAUGAAGGGGAGGAUGCGAUUGCGGAAGCGGUCCUGUGGAAUCAAGAUGCGCGCUUCUAUGACGCCUUGGAUGACGGCAUGUCCGUGGAGUGA